GAAAUAAUUAUAAUGCAUUAAAACGCAUAACAAGCACAUAGUACAACGGAUAGCAUUCACAUGGCUAAUUUUACAAAACUAGAACUAAUGUGGCAACGCUUUUACUUUGACAUUAAAUUUAUUCAGCCAAUCAGAAAAGUAGUGUGGUGAAAAGAUUCACAAUAAAUGUUUCUGAUGAUAAAAGCAAACGAUUCGGUUAUUAUAUGCAAUUUGCUUCAUAAUCGCGGUCAGUGAUAUAUGUGAUUUUAUUUCCCAAUUAUAUUGCAAAAUGCAGUCGAAAAAAAUUUGAAAGUGUAAAAUACAAAAUAAAUAUCUUUGGACAAAACUGCGAAAGAUUAAAAUAUCUAAGAAAUUUCGUAUUUACUAAGUGCUACGGAAAUUCAAUCAACAGCGGGUCGCUGCUAAAUAUCGAUUUGUGCAAGUAAUUUUACGUAGCUGGAAUUUUCAUGGACGAACAAUAAAUUUCAUUUCGAUACAAAGGAUUUUACAAAUAUAAAAAAAGCAAAAGCUUCUGGCUUUUAGAAAAAUUAUGGUCGGACAAAAUUUUGCCAUAUAGUAUUCCGACAACUUAUAUUAAAUUAAAAAUUGUAUACUAACAUAAUCUUGUUUGUGUGUUAACGACAGGGCGCUACCGACAGUGUGUAAACAUAUUUCUGUAUGUGCGGCCAUAUAUACCAUAGUUAAUGGAAUUUGUAUGCAUUUCGUAUAUUGUGCUGACCUCCGCUGCAUCCAAAAAAGAGCAGUUAUAAAAUCACUGAUUCCAUUAUUAUAUUGAGACGAUACUAGUUUUCGCGGAGUCUUGCUGCCGUGUGGAAGACCGGCGGAUACUCCGUGUUAUAAAACAAAAACAUUCGGGCUGAAAAUAACGAUGGCGCAAACAAAACACCGUAGUCCGCAGCAAAGCUUUCGUAUUAAAAGGUUUCAUCACCUUAUAUUUUUUGCUGUAUUGACAAAUCUUUUCGCUAGUAGCUUGCAGGACUGCGUUUGGUAUGGUGUCUGUAAUGUUGAUCCCGUUAUGGGACACAAACAAUAUUGCGUUUACAAUGGUACAGCAAAGGUAAUGCCUGCCAAUGGAUUGGAAUUGAUGAAACAAAGAUGCAGUCAUUUGCUGGAAGGUGGCGCCACUGAAUUUUGCUGUGAUAGCGAUCAGAUUUCCAUACUUAACGAGAAUAUCAAAUUAGCUGCGAAUUUUCUCGAGCGCUGCCCUUCGUGUAUGGCAAACCUUGUGCGUCAUUUAUGUGACUUGACUUGUUCGCCCAAGCAAUCGGGGUUCUCGAAGAUUGCUCAGAGUAGCAUCUCACCGGCUGGUAAAGUUUAUGCUACCGCACUGGAUUUACACAUCACUUCAGCAUAUUUGAACAACACAUAUAAAUCAUGUUCACAGGUCUCAGUGCCAUCGACUGGUCAGAAGGCUUUGGAUUUAAUGUGUGGCAGUUACAUGGCAGCACGUUGCAGUCCAACAAAAUGGUUUGGCUAUAUGGGCGAUCAUGACACCAAUCCAUAUGUACCGUUUCAAAUCAACUAUAUACAACAUGCAAAUAGCUCGGCCUCGCAAGGCUUUACGCCAUUGAAUUCGAAAACCACACCAUGCAAUGAGAAAUUGAAUGAUAAAACUCCUGCCUGUGGUUGCAGCGAUUGUGAGGCUUCUUGUCCGGUACCCGUGCCGGAGCCACCACGUCCGGAACCCUUUAAAAUUGCCGGCCUCGACGCAUUCGCUGUGAUAAUGACGGUUGUCUUUUUCGUAGGCACACUGCUCUUUCUCAUGGGCGUGUGUCUAUUUCCUUCCAAGCGAAGUGAACACGAUGAAAACGAAGUCGAUGGCGCGCAGGGGCCGCUUGAUGAAUAUGAGACUGGUUAUUUCGAAAAUCUCGGCGCCAAGACCGAGAAAUGUCUGGAAGCGUUUUUCACCACUUGGGGCAAAUUCUUUGCACGCCGUCCGAAAAUGACACUGAUUGGUGGCAUUUGUUUUGUCAUAGUCAUGGGUUAUGGCAUUAAAUUCCUACACAUCACAACUGAUCCGGUACAGUUGUGGGCGUCACCGCAAUCGAAAUCGCGCAUUGAACGUGAAUUUUACGAUUCACAAUUUCAACCGUUCUAUCGUAUAGAGCAGGUAAUCAUCCACGCAGUCGAUUUGCCUGAUAUCGUACACAACACAUCUAACGGUCCAAUACAUUUUGGUCCAGUUUUCGACAAAGCCUUUCUCACACAAGUCCUAGAGCUCCAAGAAGACAUUAUGAAUUUAGGAAGAAAUGGUAAUGGCACAGUUUUGGAGGAUAUUUGUUUUGCACCCUUGUCUAGUGAGAGCGGCAGCAAAAAGGAUGUUUCCAACUGUAUUGUACAAUCCAUUUGGGGUUAUUUCGGCAACGAUUUGGAGCGUUUGAAUGAUACUGACGAGGAUGGCAAUUUCGAGGUCACCUACUUAGAUGGUUUGUAUCAGUGUAUGAGUAAUCCAUAUCUCUGUCUGGCACCGUAUGGCGGACCAGUGGAUCCAGCUGUAGCUUUGGGUGGCUUUUUACCGCACGGUGAACAGUUAUCGGGCGAUACGAAAUUCGAGCAUGCAAAUGCCAUUAUACUCACAUUCCUGGUGAAUAAUUAUCACGAUAAGUCCAAAUUGGGUCCGGCAUUAGAGUGGGAGAAACGUUAUGUAGAUUUUAUGUUGAAUUACACGAAGACACGCAUGGGCAAACAUAUGGACAUUGCAUUCACAUCGGAGCGCUCGAUUGAGGACGAACUAAAUCGUGAAUCACAAUCCGAUGUUAUGACCAUACUCGUUUCCUAUUUAAUUAUGUUUGCGUAUAUUGCGAUAUCUUUGGGUCACGUGCAGGAGUUGCGUCGCGCGCUAAUCGAUAGUAAAAUCACUUUAGGUGUUGGUGGCGUGAUCAUAGUGUUGGCCUCCGUAGUCUCUUCGGUUGGCGUAUUCGGUUAUAUUGGCGUACCAGCAACACUUAUUAUCGUCGAAGUUAUACCCUUCCUUGUGCUGGCCGUGGGUGUCGAUAACAUCUUUAUAUUGGUGCAAACGUAUCAGCGUGAUGCACGUCGCGCCGAUGAAACGCACGAGGAUCAUAUUGGUCGAAUAUUGGGACGUGUUGGACCCUCUAUGCUACUCACUUCGGUUAGCGAGAGCUGCUGUUUCUUCUUGGGCGGUCUUUCGGAUAUGCCAGCGGUGAGAGCUUUCGCCUUGUACGCCGGCAUGGCAUUGCUCUUCGAUUUCAUACUGCAAAUCACAUGCUUUGUUAGUUUGCUAACACUCGACACUAAGCGUCAAGCUGAAAAUCGUUUGGAUAUCCUCUGUUUCAUACGUGGCAAAAAAAGUGAUGCCUUACCCCAUACUGAGGGUUUAUUGUACAAAUUCUUUAAGAGUGUCUAUGUACCGUUCCUAAUGCAAAAGACUAUGCGUGUCGUGGUUAUGAUCGUGUUCUUCGGUUGGCUAUGCAGCAGUGUUGCUAUAGCGCCACGCAUUGAAAUCGGUUUGGAUCAAGAAUUGUCGAUGCCGCAAGAUAGUUUUGUACUACACUAUUUCCAAGCGUUAAACAAAUAUUUAAGUAUUGGUCCGCCAGUGUAUUUUGUUUUAAAAUCUGGUUUGGAUUUCUCCAAAACAUUCCAUCAAGAUCUUGUUUGUUCCGGCAAGUAUUGUAAUGACGACAGCAUGUUGACACAAAUCUAUUUGGCUAGUCGUCGCGGCAAUGUGACGUACAUUGCACGUCCUGCCUCCAGUUGGAUCGAUGACUACUUCGAUUGGAGUCAGUCGUCAAGUUGCUGUAAAUAUUAUCCGAAAACUGGCGACUUUUGUCCACAUCCAAAGACUGAAUGUGACAGCUGCGAAAUUGAGAAAACCAAUCGACAACGACCUAACGCGCAUGAUUUUGGCAAAUAUCUAACAUUUUUCUUGCGCGACAAUCCCGACGAUAGCUGCGCCAAAGCCGGCCAUGCUGCUUACGGCAAUGCUGUACAGUACAAAACUAAUCCAAGUACAAAUCUCUCUAUCGUCGAAUCCACCUCCUUUAUGGCAUACCAUUCGAUAUUGAAGACAUCAGCCGAUUUCUAUGAAUCACUACGCGCCGCACGUAAAAUCUCCGCGAAUAUAACGCAUAUGUUGCGGGGACGUUUAAUGUCACAGGGUGUGCCGUUUGAGCAAACGCUCGAUAUUGAAGUAUUUCCCUAUUCGGUAUUUUACGUAUUCUACGAACAGUAUUUAACCAUGUGGCCAGAUACUUUGCAAAGCAUGGGCAUUUCGGUACUCGCCAUAUUUAUUGUUACAUUCGUGCUAAUGGGUUUCGAUAUACACUCAUCGCUGGUUGUGGUGAUCACUAUAACAAUGAUUGUUAUAAACCUGGGCGGUAUAAUGUACUAUUGGAAUAUAUCUUUGAAUGCUGUGUCGCUGGUGAAUCUUGUGAUGGCUGUUGGUAUAUCGGUGGAGUUUUGUUCACAUUUGGUGCAUAGUUUCUCGAUUUCAAUGGAGAGUACACGUGAGAAACGCGCUGCAGAUUGUCUAACCAAAAUGGGCAGUUCAAUAUUUUCCGGUAUUACUUUAACGAAAUUCGGUGGCAUUUUAGUUUUGGCUUUUGCCAAGAGUCAAAUAUUCCAAGUAUUCUAUUUCCGCAUGUAUUUGGGUAUUGUGCUGAUUGGCGCUGCUCACGGACUUAUAUUCCUGCCGGUGCUACUCAGCUAUAUUGGCGCACCGAUUAACAAAGCCAAGCUGGUCAAUUAUCAACGACAGGCAUAUAAAGUGCAAGAAACAUCGCUUUCUACGACGUGAUGCGAAUCGAUAAUUUACCAAAGAGACGAUUCACCGUCAAGUCCAAAGAACAUCAUCCAACCAACACAAUCAACCAGCAUAUUAGCAUUUUUCCAUCAAUACAUCAGCAGGGCGUGUCUUUAUCGCGCAGCGAACGUGUGAAGACGAUAAUGAUGCGAUAAUGAUGUUAAAAUCAAAAAACGCCCCAGUCACGUUAGAAAGCGAGCAUGUGUAAGUAACGGAGCAGCGAAACUUUAUUUGCACUUGUAACAGUUCAGGAUAUUUAAAAAAUAUAGGGUACAAAGGAAAUAUAAAUGUAUGUAUGUAGUUUAUUGUUUUUAAAUUUUUUCCCCCGAAUGCGAGAAUUACAAAAAAACUGAGUAAAAGACAAAACUAAGAUUUCUUUACGAAGUAAUUUAUAUAUUUACACACACACAUGCGCGUACGCAAACAAACGUUAGUUGUGAAGUUCGUAAAAGGCUUUUGUAUUGAAAAAAUAAAAUAAAAACAAAAACAAGCACCAAUAUGUACCCAGCCUAAAUUGAGCUCUGUGAUAAACUUAGGUACAGAAAAAAGAGAACAAAUCAUAAAAAAAAUUAAAUUUUAAAUAAACUAUAAAAAACAGCAACAAAAUCUGUAUUAAACAAAAUAUGCAAUCAUAUUUCCAUAGACUGGUCAACCGCGCAGCCGUUGCGGCGUUGAAAGCAUUCAUGUUUGGCUUUAGAUUUUGAAAGCCGUUAGUAUUUUUUUUAGCAUUUUGCAAUGACAUAUUUUUAAUUAUCAAACGUUCUCUGAUACAUCAUAUACAGAAAUAUGCAAACACGCAAAGAAAUUUUCAAACAUACAAACAAUAUUCAUUCACACCUACAUAUAUACAUUUUUAGUGUAUAUAAAUACAGCUAUAAUGCCAUUAGGCUUAUAUAUUCUCUGCAUUCAUUAAAUUUUAUUUUCGAAUAUCUUUUUGCAAAUUGGAUUAACGCGAAUUGAACUUUUCUUUAGCUUAAAUUUUUUCCAAAAUAUUAUUAUUAUUAUAUGCGUGCUUUGAAAGUUCCAUUAGACAUCUAUGUACAUAUAUACCCUUUGUUUGUGUGUGUAAAUGUAGCAUAUUUAGACUAUAUUAGGUAGCUAUAUUAGUACUUUGAAAAGCCUACAAUUGUUUUUAGGUUAAAUGAAUUAUAAUAAAUUUUUUGAAAUAAAAAGCACUCUAAUAAAAUUAUUCAUAAACUGUG